UAAUCAGUUCAUGACUAGUGAUCCAACGACAAAGUAGAAUGAAUAAUGGAGACAUCCCUAAUGUUUGCAUUCGUUAUAGAGCUGCUCAUCUCAGCUCUGUACCUUGCUGGACCAGUCCGGAGUCUCCUCCCCGCCUGCCGGAACCUAUGCGGAGGCAUCGCCGUCGACUACCCAUUUGGGAUCGACGACGGAUGCGGUGCACCCCAGUACCGGAAGAUGUUAAACUGCAGUGGGGCAGGCUUGUUCUUUCUAACCCCUUCAGGGAGCUACAGAGUCCGAUCCAUCGAUUACGAGAAGAAGACGAUGGUGAUCUACGAUCCAGCCAUGUCCACUUGUACCGUUCUACAGACACACCAUGACCUGGUCAUGUCUGAAAUCCAAUCAGUUGUGAUACCGCCUUCGUCGGACACCAUCUUUGCACUCGUCAAUUGCUCGGUCGACUCUCCGGUGCUCAAUCACUAUCGCUCCCUGUGUUUCAACUUCUCUGGACACUCCUGCAACGAGCUUUACGACGCCUGCACUUCAUUUCGAAUGUUCCGCAUGCUUUCCAACGGGUAUCCGCCGUGUUGCUUCACCAGUUACAGCACGGUGAGGUUGAUGAGCAUGAAUAUACUGGACUGCUCUCAUUAUACCAGUGUAUACAACACAGACAACCUAAGGGGUGUAGGGCCGUUGGACUGGUCUUAUGGGAUGAAGCUCUCUUACACUGUUGCUGAUACAGGAUGCCAACGCUGUCAGCGAUCAGGCAGCACUUGCGGGUUCGAUACAGAGACCGAGGUUCCUUUGUGCUUAUGCUCAACCACUGCCAAUUCCACCAGAGAAUGCAGUGGAAUCAAUGCCACGGGCGGGGGAGUGAGGCCAAAUCCGUUAGCCUUGUUUCAAUUAUUUGUUUUAGGGGCAUCAAUUCGCUUCUUUUACCAUAUAUAAUUUGUAUGGUUUUACGAUUAUAUGAUGAGAAAAGAAGAAAAUCUGCAUUUCAUCUCUCUCUCUCUCUCUCUCUCUCUCUCUCUCUCUUAAACAGGUCUGCUUUAAAAGGGUUGCUGCACUAAACGAAGUAAUGGAGCCAAAUGUUCCACUUCGCUCUUUGUAAUUUGCAUUAGUACUUUGGUGUGGAUAUGGAUAGAUAUAUUACUUGUUUAUUGAUAGGGUACUGAUCCAGAACAACCGUGAGCGGACCCAUUGGAUUGGGAAGCAUGUGUAAUCUCACAUUUCAUAUCAGCCGUACCUCCAUUUUCUAUUUUUCACAAUUAAUAUUGGUUAGUUGUUAUAACUCCAAUAUUGUCAUUUAUAAAGAUGAGCUUAUUUUGUACACGUGGCAAGUGAU